AUGAAACAUAUUUAUCAAAAUCAACAACAACAAUAUCAUCGUGUUGAAAUGAUAAAUACCUUAAAAUUAAAUUCUUCUUCAAGCAAAAUUCCAUUUAAAAAUGAAUAUACUCAACAGGCACCAACUAAAGAAGAUAUCGUUCGAACAACAAAAUAUGUUUUAACAGAUGAAAAUCUUGAUGUAGACGGUGAAAUUGUUACAGAUUUUGUUAAAAGUGAUGUUCUUCCAUCAGAUAUUAGUGAUGUCAAUGUAAUUUUUAAUGAUAUUGAGUGA